CGUGGGCGGCCAUAGGCGAAGUGUAGGGAACACGGAAGUGCGGAGCUGUGUCCCACAGUGAAUAGAGCCGGAUAGGAAGCGACGUGGAAAGACACUGGAAAUAGCGAGAGUAUGUAGUGCGAAGAUUUAAAACUCCGAGAGCCUUAAAAAAAGCGAGUUUUGAUGAGGAAUAUUUCAAGUCAACUAGUGGAACUUUAAUAACAGAAACUUUUCAUUUACCUCUGCUACAGUUUCAGAAUGGGCUCGUUUUUUCGGAGUGAGGCUAUGUGCUUGGCCCAGCUUUUCCUGCAGUCCGGCUCUGCGUAUGACUGUGUCAGCGAGUUGGGGGAAAUGGGUCUGGCUGAGUUUAGAGACUUAAACCCACAGGUAAGCGCCUUUCAGAGAAAGUUUGUUGGUGAAGUAAAGAAGUGUGAAGAAAUGGAGAGAAUACUAGGAUAUUUGAUGCAAGAAAUUCAAAAAGCAAAUAUACCAGUCCCUGAGGAAUCAUUGACGCCUGAGGCCCCCCUUCCAAAGCAUGUGCUUGAUAUCCAGGAACAACUGCAAAAACUGGAAGUGGAGCUGAGGGAAGUGAAUAAGAACAAGGAGAAGCUGCAGAAGAACCUUUUAGAAAUGAUUGAGUAUACAUACAUGCUGAGAGUCACAAACUAUUUAGUACACAGAUCCAAUGAGCAUGAAACUUCUGCACACAGCACUUAUGAGGAAUUUCCUGCACUUGAAAAGGAAUCUUUAAUUGACUAUACCUGCAUGCAGAGACUUGGGGCAAAACUGGGGUUUGUUUCUGGCUUAGUUCACCGUGCAAAGCUGGAAUCCUUUGAGAAAAUGCUGUGGAGAGUGUGCAAAGGAUACACUGUUUUAACAUACCAAGAACUGGAUGAGUAUCUUCUGCAUCCAGACACGGAAGAACCAACAAGAUGGUUUGUGUUUGUAGUUUCUUACUGGGGAGACCAGAUUGGGCAGAAGGUGAAAAAAAUCUGUGAGUGUUAUGACUGCCAUUUAUAUCCAUAUACAAACUCUGCUGAGGAGAGAAGAAAUUUACUGUCUGAGUUAAAUACACGUAUUCAGGAUUUGCAUAAGGUUAUUUCUCAAACAGAUGACUACCUCAAACAGGUUCUAUUUAAAGCAUCAGAAUCUGUAUACAAAUGGGUUAUACAGAUUAAAAAAAUGAAAGCAAUUUAUCAUGUUCUAAACUUCUGUCGAUUUGAUGUCACCAAUAAAUGCCUAAUUGCUGAGGUCUGGUGUCCAGUAGCUGACCUGCCAAACGUUAGAAGAGCACUUGAGGAAGGCUCGAGAAAGAGUGGUGUGUCUGUUCCUUCAUUUAUAAACCGCAUACCUAGCAAUGACACCCCACCAACUUUAAUCCGUACUAACAAGUUCACUUCAGGAUUUCAAAACAUUGUAGAUGCUUAUGGAGUUGGAAACUACAGAGAAAUGAAUCCAGCUCCAUACACUAUCAUUACCUUUCCUUUCCUGUUUGCUGUGAUGUUUGGAGACUUUGGGCAUGGGAUAUUGAUGUCUCUCUUUGCACUCUGUAUGGUUGUGUUUGAAAAGAGUCCUAAACUGGCACGUAGUCAAGACGAGAUCAUGAAGACCUUUUUUGAAGGCCGCUACAUCAUCUUGCUGAUGGGGCUUUUUUCCAUUUACACUGGGCUAAUUUACAAUGACUGUUUUUCCAAGUCAAUGAAUAUCUUUGGCUCAAGCUGGAAUGUUUCAGCCAUGUUUUCAUCAAACGUUUGGAGGACACAGGAUUUAUCCAAUAAGUUUCUAACACUGAAUCCCAAUGUAACAGGAGUGCUUACAGGUGUUUAUCCCGUUGGCAUUGAUCCAAUUUGGAGUUUAUCAACCAAUCGCCUCUCUUUCCUAAACUCCUUCAAAAUGAAGAUGUCUGUUAUCCUUGGAGUUAUUCAUAUGACAUUUGGAGUUGUUUUGAGUGCCUUUAACUAUAUGCAUUUCAAGAAGAGGUUCUGUAUUUUUCUGGUCUUCAUUCCUGAACUACUUUUUAUGAUUUGCAUCUUUGGCUACCUCGUCUUCAUGAUUUUGUACAAGUGGCUGGCGUAUUCAGCAGCAGACUCCAGGAAUGCUCCCAGUAUCCUCCUUCACUUUAUAAACAUGUUCAUGUUUUCUAAAAAUGACCAAAUUCCCGCUCUCUUCACUGGGCAGGUUGGAAUCCAGAUAUUCCUCAUAGUUUUGGUCACUCUUUGUGUACCUGUACUUCUGUUUGGGAAACCUCUCUAUCUCUACUGGCAACAUCAUGGCGGACAGACACUCCGAAAUUACAGAAAAGGUUACACCUUAGUACGUCGAGGAAGUGAGGAAGAGAUUUCUCUAGUGAGAUCACAUGAUCUGGAAGAAGGAGAAAUCAACAGCAGCCAUGAAGUUCAAAGGGAUAGAGAUAAGGAAAAGUUUGAUUUUGCUGAUGUGUUCAUGAGUCAGGCCAUCCACACCAUUGAAUACUGCCUGGGAUGCAUCUCCAAUACUGCUUCAUACCUUCGUCUCUGGGCACUAAGCUUAGCUCAUGCACAGUUGUCAGAAGUACUCUGGGGAAUGAUCAUGAGGAAGGGUCUCAAUGUAGAACCCAGCGUUGGGGUCUUUGUGUUGAUACCACUCUUUGCAGUAUUUGCUUUCCUAACAAUUGCUAUACUUCUGGUCAUGGAGGGCUUAUCUGCCUUUUUGCAUGCACUCCGAUUACAUUGGGUUGAAUUUCAGAACAAGUUUUACACUGGUGCAGGGUACAAAUUUAACCCAUUCUCCUUCAAGCACAUCUCUCAUAUCAACUGAGAACACCUUCUACAGCAUGUUUAUGUGCACCUUAAGACUUAUACAUGAAAUAUCAUGUGAAGAACAUCCCAUAUUGGGUAGAACAUUGUACAGUUUUUAUUUCAAAGCACAGCCUAAAGCCUUCUGUUCAGUUUUGUUACAUCUUUGCAUUUUAAGGUUUCAUUCUACUGCUAUGAAGUUGGUAUUUUAGCUUUGGUGAGUGUUGAAAUUGGUUAAAACCAUAAGGAACCGCCCUAGGCAGGUGCCUCUUCUGCCUACCCCUAGUUCAGGACCUGGGUGGCACUCAUAUGUAAUAUAAAUGUCCAAAUACAAGGUAGUCCCAUCUGCAGAUUGAAGAAAUAAUUUGUUUCUGAACAGUUGAUGCUAUUAUCUUAGAAUAAGAGUGGAAUAAACUGUCACAUGGACUGACAUGGGGGAGGGGAGGAAAUGUUUGUCACAUUGUCUUCAGGGCAGGGCACACUGUGGAAGUCUGUUUGAUAUCUAACUGCUAUCAUUUUCAAAUAGUGUGCCACAUAUUUUCAAAUUUCAAAAGCGCUUUCUCUGUUUCUUACCAUUUUUUAUAAAGGUUUUUAAGUUUUAAAAGUGAAUGUUUUAAUUUUCCUGUCUCUCAUAAUAAUUUGUCAGGCAAGUGGCAGCAUAUUAUCUAAUGUAUCAAACUGAAACAGUUUAGAGAGUCCAUAAUCUGGCAUAAUGAGCUGCUACUGGGAAAUACAAGAGGGAAAAUGAAAAAAAAAAAAAAAGUCAUUUUUAAAACCUACAUUUUUUUUUUAGAAAAAUGUUUAAACAUUUAAAAACCAAUUGGAAAAAAGUGCGUUUUUCCAUUUAAAAACUAUACAUUUGUAAAAAUGAUGUACCUUUAAUUCCACAUACUAAGAAGAAAAAAGUUUCCACAUUUAUUUCCCAGCAUUCUGUGUCUCCAUAUGUCCCAGACAUAUGUUGCAAAACAUUUAGUGGACUAACACACGGGUAUCUGUUUAAACAAAAUAAAUCUAGUUUAUCUAGUUAAUCUAUGAUCUAAUUACAGGAGAACCAACGUUUAACAAAGAAGGUGGCUUGAAAUACUUAUGUAUUGGGAUUCUGGAGUAUCUGUUUAGUAGUUAAGAUUUGUGCCUCCGAUUAUACCCCUAGUAGCUUCCCAUAUUCAUUUUAUUGAUUCACAGUAAAUGCUCUGUGAUAUAAUAUAGUAUUUUCAACUGGCAGUACACUGUAUACAUAGGGUUACCAUCUGUCCUCUUUUGAACCAGGCAGCCCAAUUUUAGCACACACUGUCUAGUUUAAAACUUUCUGGAUUUCUGACUUUGGAGAUCCGGACAGGACUCUGUGCUGAAUGAUGUGCGAGUCAGGCAAUUGCCAGCCACCAUAUCAUAGCCCCUGCUCCCUGACAUCACAUAUUUGCCCCCUAAGCAACAUCAUACAGCCCCAUGAUGUUACCAUCCCUGCCCCCAGUGUCACUCCCCCCCACUUGGAUUUUCAUUUUAGGUAAGGUGGCACCAGGGGUGUCCCAAGCCUACCGGGCGCCCUAGGCAACCCAGUCAGCCACCUCGCCCCUACACCCCCCGACGUAUGUGCGCGCAUGCGCCGUUGCGGGGGAGGGUGUCAUUGCCAACCGGUGGGGGCAAGAGAAGUAGCUUGGGGAAGGGGUGGGCAGGAGAGGUUCCUACAGGUCGCUCCCCCAAUCGUUGCACCCUAGGCAGGUGUCUCUUCUGCCUACCCCUAGUUCAGGACCUGGGUGGCACUCAUAUGUAAUAUAAAUGUCCAAAUACAAGGUAGUCCCAUGAGUGAAGAAAUAAUUUGUUUCUGAACAGUUGAUGCUAUUUUCUUAGAAUAAGAGUGGAAUAAACUGUCACAUGGACUGACAUGGGGGAGGGGAGGAAAAAAGCCUGCUGAAAUGACAAGCGUGUGACUAGUUUGUUACAUUUGUUUGUGAGUUUUGUUCUUUUGUCUUACAAAACAUUUAUACCAACUGAAUUUUUAGAAUGUUAAUGAUAUAAACAAGUUUGAGACAAAUUUUUAUUGCUCACUGAGGAAAGUCUUAUAUAGUAUAAAAUUCAAUGGAUUUUUAGGAAUACAUUUCAUUACUUGUUUACUAGUUUUGUACAGGUACUGCAUUGCACCAAGUGCCCAUUCUUUUUAGAACUCUCAUGAAAACCAAUGCAUCAUAAUAUACAUUAAAUUUAUACAGGUAUGGGAUUCUUUAUCCAGAAACCCAUUAUCCAAAAAGCUCCAAAUUACAGAAAAGCUAUCUCCCAUAGAGCCAAUUUUAAGCAAAUCUAAUCUAAUUAUUUCCUUUUUCUCUGGUUUUUCUAUGUUUAAAUUAUUUUAAGCAGACUUAAGGUAUGGUGAUCUAAAUUAUGGAAGAUUCCAUAGCUGGAAUACUCUAGAUUCCAAACAUUCCAGAUAAUAGAUCCUAUACUUGUAUGUUGCUUAGCAAUAUUAUUCAAGGAGAUAAUGUUGUAAACCUUUGAAGGGCCACUGUGUAUUUUCAUUUAUUAUUUAUAUUUUCCUAAUGGGGAAUUUCCUGACUCCUAUGAAGACAUUAUUGACUCAACUUACAAGUUUCGGAUUUGCACAAGACUGGUUACAAAUCUUUUCCCUAAAAAAAUUCAUAGCAGGAAGAUCUCACUGUGUUUGCAGGUACCUUUAACUCAAGAAAAAAAAAAAUAAAAAAUCAAUGCCAGCACCAGUAUUCCUCUGUACUGAGCCAAAUAAUAUUUUAGUGGACCUUUAAUAAUUCUCUUUCUAAAAUUUGCCAUUAAUGUUAUUUAACCCAAAGAUUACAUUCCACUGGAAAUUGUACGUUUUAAUUGUAUGGGAGUUUUUUGUAAUCAAAAAUGUUUGCUUAAAUUUCAUGAUGUAUUAAAUGAUUUACAAAUGUU